GUGAAUCUGUUGAAAAAAGUUUCGAGGACCCUUUCACUCUAUCAAAAUCGAAGAGAGCGUGGACGGUCGGAGAAAGAACAUUCUCUUCGCCCACGGAAUACUCGUAAAUACAUCGUCAGUGAUUCACCACCAACAUGGUCCUCUCGAGACCAUCCGUCCCCUUCGCAUACAUCCGAGGCGGGACGAGCAAGGCUUUGUUUUUUCACGAGAAAGACAUUCCUGCCCCGGGACCAAAGCGUGAUGUGUUCCUCCGGAGGGUGAUGGGCUCGCCUGACCCGCUCCAGAUUGACGGCAUGGGCGGCAGUCACAUUGUGACGUCCAAGAUUGCAAUCAUCAGACCGUCAGAACGUGAAGAAGCCGACGUGGAUUACACUUUUGCUCAAGUCGGAAUCGGCAACGACUAUAUUGGAUACACGGGAAACUGCGGCAACAUUUCAGCGGGAGUUGGUCCAUUCGCCAUCGACGAAGGUCUAGUGAAACAGAAAAGGCCGGGCGUCAGUCCUGACCCCGGCGACGUGCAAACGCAACAAGUGAGGAUUUAUAACACAGGGACGAAAAAGGUAUUGAUCUCUCACGUCCCAACCGAUCCGGAGACUGGACUGUUUCUGGAAUCUGGAAAAUUUGCGAUUGAUGGAGUUCCCGGCACCGCCGCACCCAUCCUCAUGGACUAUAGCAAUGUUAUAGGUGCCGCCCUCAACAAGGGCGUCAUCCCAACUCAACAUGUCACGGUCGAAUGUGAAAUUCGAGGCAAACGUAUCAGCUACACCAUCUGCGACGUGGCCAACAUAAUUGCCUUUGCCAGAGCUCAGGAUUUGGGGAUCGUCGGGAACGAACCGCCAUCGACGCUUGACAAAGACACGGCCCUCAUCGCUCGGAUCAAAGAGGUUCGAGGCAAAGCGGCGCAAGCAGUUGGGAUGUGCAAGGAUUGGCAACUCGUGGACGAACAAUCACCUAUGCUCCCCAUGGUGGCCCUAGUAUCUCCUGCCACGAGUCCAGAGUGCGAUGUACAGUCCAGAUUGUUUCUCGACAACAAAUGCCACACGUCAAUGGCGGGAACGGGCGCCAUCUGUACCGCGGCGUGCAGCCGCAUCACUGGCUCAGUGGUCAAUGCAGUCAUGGCCAAGGUAAAUCUCGAGGAGAAGUCGACAUUUCGAAUUCAACAUCCUCUAGGCAUGAUGCCUAUCGUCGUCGAGACGAGCCCUUCCCAGGACCAGGGUAGUACACCCACAUUCGAGAGCCUUUCGUUCAUCAGGACUGCUCGUCGGAUCAUGGAUGGUAGAUUAUAUGUGCCCAGUGAUGUUUUGGAUUGCGUGUGA